GUGUAUUGGAUGGUGUGUAAAAAUGAAAGUGGACAAAUACUCUGGACAGAGGGAGUAUAUCAAAAGAUCUACAAAACUAGAGGUGACAUGACUAUAUUAUUUUAUCAAAUGAGGGACGAAAACAAAGUGAAUAAAGUUUCACCCUAUGAAUAGUGAACGGAAAGUUUUUUUUUGUGCACGGAGAGAGUAUGUUUUUUCACGGUGUUAAAAAAAAUGAAAUAGAUCUAUGCGGAGAGAAAAAUAAUGCAAACUAUUUAAUGUUUUUCUUAAGAGGAAUGAGAAGUUUAUUUUGGAUAAGCUAAAAUGGGAGGUGGCAAGUUAAUUUUGGGACGGAGAUUAUUAAAUAUAUAAUGCCAUACUCUAUAUUUCUGUUUAAGUAGUGUAAUUAAUCCUAAUAAUAUACUCUCUCUAUCUCACUGUUUUUGAGACGGGGUGGUGGCUUGCAAGUUAAGAAGUGUGGAAUUGUGUGGGUGAAAUUGAUGUGAAAAAGUAAAAAUAAUGUGAGCUACAGAAAUCUUACUAAGAGGGUGUAUGCGACUUAUUUUGAAAAUGAUUCUCAGCUUUUGCAGUGUAAACUAUCUUAAGGGUCAGUGCGUACUCACUAAUAUAUCAAACCACAUUUGUGGAGUGGUUUUGUGUUUUACAUAAACCGCACCAAUCCACUCCUGCCCAGCUCUACUAGAACUGGACAUUGAGCUAGAAGCACUAAUUGCUGUUGUUGCUACUGCAGACAGUCCUCUGCUUGAUGACAAGCAUUCUGAGGCAGUAGAUCCAAUGGAGGCAGAUUUUCCAUCUGGGGAAACUAAAAGAGAACUGGAAACAGAUGAAAAUGUUGUAUCAAAGGCUGAAGGUGUUGAAGCUGCUUUAAUUCCAAUCGUGGAAGCUAAUAAAGAAUUGGGAAUAGACAAAGAAUGUGCAUUGAGGGCUGAAGUAGAUGAAGCUGCUAAUAGAGAAAUGGAAACAGGUGAAGAGCAGGCAACAGUGGCCAAAGAAGAUGAACAUGAUUCGAUACCAACUGCUGAACCCAAGAGAGAAAUUGGAACAAUAGAGGAGGUAACAGAUAGAGAAAGUGCAAUAGAGGCCGUAUUUGAUGAAGCUGCUCAUAGAGAAAUGGAAACAGAUGCCGAGGAGGUAACAGUGGCAAAAGAAAAUGAGCCAGAUUUAAUUCCAACUGCUGAAGCCAAUAGAGACAUAGAAACAGUAGAUGUGGCAACAGUGGAUGAAGACAAAGAUGAUGCUUUAAUUUCUAUUACAGAGGCUAGUAGAGAAAUGGAAACAGAUGAAGUGGAGGCUACGAGGGCUGAAGAAGAAGAAGCUGCCUCAAUUCCAAUGGUGGAAGUUCGUAGGCAAUUGGAAACAGAUAGGAAGCAUACAAUGGAGGCUGAAGAUGGUGAAAAUGCUUCAGUUCCAACCGGGGAAGCCGAUGUAGAAUUGGAAACAGAUGGAGACUAUGGUAAGUGUGCUGAAGACAGGGACACUGCUAAGUACAUACCAAAGGCUGAAGAUGGUGAAGGUUCUUCAGUUCCAACCGAGGAAGGAAAUAGAGAACUGGAAACAGAUGGAGAAGUUGUUAUGGAGGUGAAAGACAGUGAAACUGCUACAUACAUAACAAAGGCUGAACACAGUGACGAUGCUUCAGUUCCAACUGGGGAAGCCAAUCAAGAAUUGGAAACAGAUCGAGAUGAUGUUAUGGAGGUUGAAGACAGGGAAACACCUGUUCAAACUGUGGAAGGCAAUAGAGAAUUUAUCGAAGUUGCAGAGGACAUUAUGAGGUCAGAAGAUGCAGAGGACAUUAUGAGGUCAGAAGAUGGUGAAGCUGCUUCAAUGUUAGAGGAUUCACAGGAAGAUCCUCAAUAUGGGGAAAAUGAGGCGAGUACUGCUGAAGAAAUUGCUACCGAAAUCGAAACUGAAACUGAUGUCGUAGACUCAGCUAAAGGCUUUUCAGGAAAGCAUAAAAAAAGGAAGAAUUCUAACAGCCCCUCUACUCAUAAGGCAACCACAAGAGCUCCUAGGAGGAAAGUGACUGGAGAAGAUGUUUGCUUCAUUUGUUUUGAUGGUGGAGAUCUGGUGCUUUGUGACCGCAGGGGCUGCCCAAAAGCUUAUCAUCCAUCUUGUGUUAAUCGCGAUGAAGCAUUUUUUCGAGCAAAAGGCCGUUGGAAUUGUGGUUGGCAUCAAUGUAGCAUUUGUGAGAAGAAUCCACAUUACAUGUGUUAUACAUGCCCCUACUCCCUAUGCAAGGGGUGCGUCAAAGGUGCUGUUUUUUUAUGUAUUAGAAGAAACAAAGGCUUUUGUGAGACCUGCAUGAGAGUGGUCAGGCUAAUUGAAAGCGAGCAGCAAGGAGGCGAAGAUAUACAUGUAGAUUUUGAUGACAAAAGUAGUUGGGAGUUUCUUUUCAAGGACUACUAUAUGGAUUUGAAAGAGAAGCUCUCCUUAUCUUCAGAAGAAAUAGCGAAUGCCAAAAGUGCAUGGAAGGGAUCUGAUGUCUCUGGCAAUAGACAUGAGCAGUCUGCACCACAUUUUGACAGUAAUGAAGAUGGAGGUUCUGGCUCUGACAAUUCUGAUGAGAAGGUUGAAGUCAAUAGUUUAAAGAGAAGAAAGGUCACAAAAAGAUCAAAGUCCCUUUCAAAAGAAGCUGCUAUGAGUAAUAUACCCAUAAAUGCUGGAAAUGAAGGCACAUCUACACCUGACAGCACUACAUGGGCAUCAAAAGAGCUAAUUGAAUUUGUUAAGCACAUGCGAAAUGGUGACACUUCAGUUGUUCCUCAGUUUGAAGUGCAGACUUUGUUGCUCGAGUAUAUCCAAAGGAACAAACUUCGUACUCCAAAUAAGAAGAGUCAAAUCACAUGUGAUUCAAGACUUCAAAGUCUAUUUGGAAAACCACGUGUUAUGCAUUUUGAAAUGUUAAAAUUAUUGGAAUCUCACUUUCAUAUAAAGGAGGAUUCUCAUACCGAUGAUGCCCAUGGCACUGUUGUUGAUACUGAGAUAGAGGCUGAUGAAAACCAGGACACACCUGUGAGGGAAGUCAAAGAUAGGAAACACAAGCGUAAGAAGGGCAACAUUCGAGGACCACAAUCUAAUCUUGAUGAUUAUGCAGCUAUUGACAUGCACAACAUCGGCUUGAUCUAUGGUCGGCGGAAGUUAAUGGAGGACCUGCUUGAAGACGUGGAGAAUUUUCAAGAAAAAAUUGUUGGUACCUUUGUGAGAAUAAGGAUCUCAGGUAACAAUCAAAAGCAAGAUAUGUACAGACUGGUUCAAGUCAUAGGUCUGAGCAAAACGUCCGAUCCAUAUAAAGUUGGCAAAAGAACUACAGAUAUCUUGCUUGAAAUCUUGAAUUUGAACAAGACAGAGGUCAUCUCAAUUGAUACAAUCUCAAACCAAGACUUCACUGAGGAUGAAUGCAAACGUUUACGACAAAGUAUGAAAUGUGGUCUUAUUAAUAGGCCCAAAGUGGGUGUAAUUCUUGACAAGGCCUUGGAAUUGCAUGAAGCAAGAGUCAAUGAUUGGUUGGAAUCAGAGAUCCUGCGUAUAACUAAUCUUCGUGAUCGAGCAAGUGAGAAAGGGCGCCGGAAAGAAUAUCCUUUUUAAUGAAAUGCUUCCUUCAUUACGAUGCUCAGUUUUCAUAUGACUAAAUAUAACUAGUCUACCACUUUGUGCUUGAUGAUAUUGUCUAGUGUCUACUUGCUUGCUUGCUAUCCAGUUGUUCACAGGCCAGAACCCUUUUACUAAGCCCUUUAUGCAAAUAAUGGCAUUUGAACCUU